ACGUUCAUGGGCAUGGCCCUCGAUCCCGUCAGCGAGGCACCUGUGGGUCACACCCUGGCAUUCGAGAUACCUUCCGAGACGGAGAUCGCUCGGGGGGGCCGUGAAGAGAUGUUCGAGGUUCUCAAAUCGCAGGAGAUGCCGGCAGCCUCGGUGGAGCAUCUCGCGGGCCUCUACGGCGAGUUCGAGCUGCCUGCCGCCUACACGGAGAGGAGCAGCGCCUGCGAAGCAUCCCUGGUAGAGAUGCUCGCUCAGGCACCUGGCUGCGCUGGCGGCGGUCGGGCGCGGUCCUACAGCCAGCCGCUCGCGGCCUGGCCCCAGUCGACGAGAGCCGUCUCCACCUGCGACGUCGUCUCGGAGGCCGAUUCCAUCGCGUUGCAGGGUUGGAGGCAGAGUAUGCCGAAUCCCGAGUCGGUGGCAGCGGAGCUGCGGGACGCGCUGGGCAUCGACCGCCCGCGCGUGGACCCCGAGCUGCGCUUCCAGCCAAACUCCCGCGCUCAGUUUUCGAAGCAGCUGGAGGCCGUGAGCAAGGGGGUCUUCACGGGGCUGCAGAUCGACGGGCUGUCUGGGAUCAUCCGCCAUUGUACUUGGGGGGUGAUCUUGAGACGGAACGUCCUGGCCAUCUCCAAUUCGGUCUAUCGGUUCAUCAACGUGGUCGGGGCUCAGCCGGCGCCUCUUUGGGCGUCUGUGGUCAGGGACUUGCGGGCCCCGGUGGCCCUGCUCCCGCCUGGAGUGCCUCUACCAGGUCCCAUGCCUUCGAGACCGUCGGCUCACAUCGCGACGUCGCCGAUCGUUGCCCGCAUGCUGGCGCUUGCCGAGUCCACCCAAGCAGCCCUGCUCAGGCGCCUCUCUGGCAUCGCUCUCGCAUGCGGCUUGCGCGCGCUGGUGCGCCGGGCGCCCUCUGAACGGAAAGUCGCCGACAAGCCGUCGAGAGAAGGCUUCUUCGUCGGCCCGAGCUUCGAGCACUACAUCCCGGAGCAGAAGCCCCUGAGCUGGCGCUUCUGGACCGCGAGGGGCUUCGAGAGCAGCGCCGAGCUCGACGCCGUCCUGGUCGCGCACUUCGCCCACCUGUUCCUGGGCGGCUACGACGGCGCGACGGGCCGCGCCACGCUGGCCGCGCUGAAGCACCACAACACCGCCUUGCUGAUCGGGAACAGGCCGCUGCCGCGGGCUUUUCGGGCGCUUCAGGGGCGGGCGAAGCUCGCCCCGCUUAAGAUGCGCCUGCCGCUCCCGCGCGUGGCCAUGUUCGCGAUAGCGGGCGCCCUCCUGCCCCAGGGCCGCCUCGCGGAGGCCACCUUCGCAAGGAUCGCGUUCGCCGCGUGCCUCCGCCCGAGCGAGGCCUACCGCCUCGCCGCCGCCUCGCUGAUCGCUCCACGGAUCGGCGCGUCGGUGGAGUUCGGGGACAGGGUCGAGGCGAACUUCUUGCAGCUGAUGGAGGAGAAGGCGCGGGCGGGCAUCUUCUCGCUGCAGCUGCCGCCGCUUCCCCCUGCGCCCGCGCUGCCAGCCGCCAGGUCGGCGCCCGCGCUGACCGACCAGUGGGGCUUCGUUU